AGGAAACACGGAUCCUGCUGGCCCUUAUGGGAUCAGUGUGAGUUCUGAAGGACAGAACUAAGCAGAGUGAAAUCACAUGAUGGACAAACAACAAGAAAGACUUCUUUAUAAUCCUGCUCUUAGAACAGAAAAAAAAAACCCAGCCCUUCAAAGCCAGUAUCACAAGACUUUCUAACAUGACAAUUACUGCAGUCCCACAACCCAACCAUAGCCAUGCACUUCUCAAAGCAAAGCACUUUAAGGCCCUCUGUCCCCAUCACCCCAUCAGGCAGACUCCAGAAUGCCAUCUGUGUGCACCUUCUCUGCAGCUAAACAGUAAUGCAUGCCCAAACCAUUCACAAACAGCAUGCUAACUUCACACUUCUGAGCCAAUAACAUUGAUUUCUUGGAAUCCUAAUGCUGAGAUCCAAUUCAUUUUUUAAAUAGUGAUGGAACAUUGCAUUGAAGUACGGCUUCAUUAAUGACACUUAACAGUAAGUUAGCGGAUCAAUAUCAUCAUCAAAAGUUAAUUAUGCAAAGACACAAUUGCUCUUUCAGGAGAAAAACACAUUUUCUUUCAGUCUUGAGAACUGCAGCCACCAGUAGGUGGUGUUUCUGAAAUGUCAGAGCACUUCUUCCCCCCUACAGAUGAAAUGCAAAACUCCACCUGCACUACUGCUGCUUUCAAUGCAGGACUCCACGCUCGCUGCUGCUCCAGGUUCACUGCAAAAGAAGCUCAUUUCAUCUGAGGGGCUUUGAACAGAACGAUUCUACCACGCAUCAAGAUGACAACACACACCUGAAAAUGUAAAUACAUACAACAUAGGACUGACUUACAGGUGACAUUCCCUGCAGCUCUGCACACCUAAAGGCAAGUUUAUCCUGGCACGGCAGUGGAAGUUGACGCAUCCAUUAAGUGCGUAUGUGAGCGAGAAGCAGCCUUCUGCUGUCUGCAGGAAAACCAGCUCUGGAAAAAUGGAAUUAAGGUCCAAGGAUGUGCACUGAGUAUUAACAGAACACAAAUGGAGCUCGAACUCUGCCAUCCCCCAACCUGCACGAAGGACAAUUGCUGGUGAAAACCUUUCUUUGCAAUGAUCCAAGUACCAUUACGGUAAAAAGAUCUCUACGUGGUCUUACGGCAUAUAGGAACUGCAAGUGCUCCCAUCUGCAAUGCAUAUAGUGUCUUGUAAGAAAAAAAGGAAGAAAGAAAUGUAUUUCUUGUACUGUUCUAUUUCAGUCCAUUUCAAGUCUAAUUAAUUCGGCUCCUAAAGAAUUUGAAUUUCCUAUUUAUAAGUGCGGGCUCUCUUCCAUUCCAAUCAAAAUGCUUCCAAUCCACUGCUUUGAAAACAGCCCAAAAUCUCAUCUUUUUGGCAUUACAACCAAACUGUGAGUGCCGUUACCUUUUGUGCAGAUACUUUAACCAUGGAAACCUACUCCGCCUCAGUACCACCUGUUAUAUGUAACAGCACAACUUUUGACCUCAAUGGAUCCCAUCUGUGUAACGAGAGCCUGUCUUCUAGACUAGCAGAUAAAUCAGAACACCAACAAUACAUUAUUGGGCUUUUCUUGUCCUGCCUUUACACAAUAUUUCUUUUUCCCAUCGGUUUUGUAGGAAACAUUCUGAUUCUGGUGGUAAACAUAAGCUUUCGUGAGAAGAUGACUAUCCCAGACCUUUACUUCAUCAACCUCGCGGUGGCCGAUCUCAUUUUAGUUGCCGAUUCUCUCAUUGAGGUGUUUAAUCUUGAUGAAAAGUAUUACGAUAUCACUAUUAUAUGCACCUUCAUGUCUCUGUUCCUUCAGAUCAACAUGUACAGCAGCAUUUUCUUUCUGACGUGGAUGAGUUUUGACAGAUACAUAGCACUGGCAAAAGUAAUGAGGUCCAACCUGUUUCGCACUAUGCAACACGCCAGGUUGAGCUGUGGUCUCAUCUGGAUGGCAUCUAUUUCUGCAGCACUAGUGCCAUUCACAGCCGUGCACUUACAACACACCGGAGAGGUCUAUUUUUGCUUUGCAGAUGUAAGAGAAAUUCAGUGGCUAGAAAUAACCCUGGGGUUCAUCAUCCCCUUUGUGAUCAUCGGUCUUUGUUACUCAUUAAUCGUUCGAGUUCUUAUAAAAGCACACAAGCACAGGAGCCUUCGCCUGCGCCGACAGAAGGCUCUUCGGAUGAUAUUCGUCGUGGUCCUGGUUUUCUUUAUCUGCUGGCUCCCUGAAAACGUCUUCAUUAGUGUCCAGCUUCUACAAAAGAAAAGCGAGCCCACCUCGUCAAGCAGCCCAUCCUUCAGACACGACUACCCUUUAACGGGACACAUCGUGAACCUCGCAGCUUUCUCCAACAGCUGUCUGAACCCUUUAAUUUACAGUUUCCUAGGGGAAACCUUCAGAGACAAACUGCGACUGUACAUCGAGCAGAAAACCAAGAUGUCCACGUUACAUCGGUUCUGUCAGGCUGCCUUGACGUCUGUCAUCCCCGACAGUAAUGAGCAAUCAGAGGUCUGAUUUAGGGCUGUUGUGCAGCACAUCCGACUGUGAAGUUGUGUAAAGAGUGAACAAAACGCUUACUACUAACAGCAAAAAGCACGCCCGCCUGUGUAUAUAUUGUAUGGCUCUACUGAGUAUUUAAGGUUUAUAUUCGGAAUGUUUUUAUGACAACUUCAAUGUAGAAGAAUAUGUUAUAGUCAGAUUUUAUUUAAUUAAGAGCAGGAUUAUUAAAAGCUGAGCACUGAAGGAGCUUUAUUUUAUGUAAUACAUGCAUGAAUGAUAAAAUAGAAGAAAAUUUUAUCAAGCUAGGAAGACUCUAGAUUUAACUCAAUUAUCAGAGAUGCUGUUUUGCUGGUGUAUAGAAGGUACUUCCACUUAAAUAACCAAACUGCAGUAAGAGUGGGGGAAAAUCAUUACAACAAAUUGAUGUGGAGUUGCAGAAAGCAGUGAUUUUUACCCAAACAUGUUAAGUUUAAUGACUUUGCUUUUGAGAACUAUAUAGUAUUAUCAUCAUUGUAUUCCAGCAUGUCUUCCACAGUUAACUGUUUCUGAUCUUAAUAUAAUCUAGAAUGGUGAUGAGUUCUCGUCUCAUAAAUCUAAUCUGCUGCUUAUAUCAGCGCUUGAUCAAACCUGAAAUCAUCUGUCAUUAUAUGGUUCAUCUCAAAGAACUUAACUGCAGCAAAACGUAAUGCAUUGCUCUUCUGAGGAUUCCCAAGACAGCACUUCUCAGGAUGGAUAUAAUUGGACUUUCAGUCAAAAUGCAAGCACGUCUAUAUGUGUGCACCCACAUCUCCCUCCAGACUCAAACAAAAGUCGUAUAAGAUCUGUCUCCACUUAGCAGACCCAUUCAGGUGGCUUUAAGGAAGUCACAUUCCAAAAAAAGACCAUAAGAAAUGUUUAUAAAGAUGAAAAAGCCUCUUUUUUUCUUUUCUUUUUCCUUUUUUUAAGAAGAACUUUUGUAAAGGUGAACAGGUCAGAACUGCACUUUGUGCCCUGUCCACCCCAACCCCAGAAACCACUGGUCUUAGGGACCUUAAGAUGCAUGUUGGUUGCUCUGUUCAUUUGAAGACCAAUGAUGCUAAGAAAACAAAUGUUACCACCACAUGGUAGGGAAAAAACAGCUUCUAAAUUCUUCUAGAAAAUAGCUGGGUUUUAAAUCUGGAUGAUGCUCAGUGCAGGUUAAUGCCGGACUUCCCCCAAGGAAGCCAUAAAGUUCCUAGAGAUUCAUGCACAAGGUCAUUAAUCCAUCACUCACUGCAGCUCUGAAAUAUACAAACUAAUUCCACCAAGCAGAGCACCACAACCCCAGUCAAUGUGAUGAUGUGCCCUAUUUUUAAAUGUCACAUAUGGGCCAAUUAGCACACUAAAGGAUUUCUAAAACAUAGAUGCUUAAAACAAGGAGUAGAGUAUUAAGCUACAAAGGAAAUGGUGAUUCCAUUCAUAUUUCUCAUUAAAUACUCAGCUUCCUAGUGAAGUUGUAGCCACAAAAGGUUUGACCUACUAGCAGAGAGGCCUCAAGAUGAUACUGCAUUGGAACUAGAUGGAUGUUCCUGGAACACUGAAAUAGGAACAGCAGAGAGGAGUUAGCCCAGAUGCUGGCCAUUUCCAAGGGACAGUUACUCACCAACUAAGGAGAAAUUCCCAUUUACUCCCAUCUUUCUGGUAGAGCACUAAUGAUAUUUUCUCUCUGAAAGAUGCAGGCACUGCCAUGCCUUCUCUGCAUAGAAGCUGCUCGACAACACAGAGCAGCAAAUCAUACAUACAAUCAUACAUAUGUCCAUUUUCCCUCAUUACUUUCAUGAUUGGAAUCAACCACAACCAGCUCUGUCCCGGUGUGCAUUAACCAGCCUUCUGACAGGCAGCUGCUUCAAACAGCACAAACAGAAGGAACAGAUCACACUUCCAGCAAUGCAUUUCCAUCAAGUGAGCACACAGCCCCAGCACAGCAUAUCAGCUUUGGGUAACCCCAGCACUUGCCAUGAAUAAACCAAUUUCUUUGGGUCGCAACAAUACAGUUUCCCAAACAGAAUUCCUCUAUCCAGCAUCCCAUUAUAUGUCUAAAAGCACAUUGCACACCUGAGCUACCAGAAGAGGUUCUUUCUGUUGAUAUUUUGGUUCAGGUUUACGAGCUGUACCUGAAAUGACUACAUUUAGGUGAAAAAUGACACCUCUGCACAGAAGUUGGUGAUGGUGGUGGGUUUUUUUCCCCCUAAUGGGUAAUUUAAUCACAUAAAGUUGCUUUCACUGAAUCCUUUCAACAGUUUGAGAUUUACCACACAGUGACUGUGCAGGCUUGAAAAGCAAAGACAGUUGGUCUCAAGAUGAAGUUUAAUUCAUGUAAAGCAUUAAUUAUAUGAAUGCAUGGGGCAAGGAACACAAGUCAGUGGGUCAAACAACCCCAGAUCCUGUGAGGGACAGAUGAGAUGCAGAGAACGACAGUUUCUUCCUUUCCCCUUCUGGUCCACAAAAAAAACAAAGGCUAGAAUCCAAAAUGCUCAACCCACCCACUCCAAAAGGGAACAGCUGCUAUGAAGCAAAUUCAAAAAGCAGAGAUCUUAAAACAUGAUUGUCUUUAAUAUCGCUUCUGCCAACUGGAAAAGAUACCAUCUCUUCCUAUAUUGCCCUCAUGUCACUUUAUCAGCUGUUCAUUAGGACUGCAAAAGGGAGGAGGUUACCUGGAUGACUCGAUUGCUACUUAACGUGUCAAAAUGUGGUUUACAGAAGGUGAAAGCAUGUAGAAUUCAACUGUGAGCAUGAUUUAAUUCCAUUUGAACUUAUUCCUACAUAAACAGGAGAAACAAAUGCACACACAAAGGGCAGGUUUGAAUGUUAACAGCUACUCCUGAAAAUGAAUCAAUGAAUUCAUAUGAUUUUGCUUGGAAAUUAGAGUGAUUUGAAUUGAGGGGAUACUACCCUUCCCUUCCAACCCAAAAGCCUUUCCCCACUCAUUCAGAGCACCACACAAAUGUUUGGGACUUUCAAACAAAGAAGUGCACAGAGCUGAACUCAUGGUUGAAUUCAAUUAAUCCAAAUAUCUCUUUGCAACACAAGGUUACUCCCAUGUUACCAAUUACACUUACAGCAGCCCAUCGCUACACAGCCAGACAGACAUUUCUCAUUCAGACUGUUUAGGUUAAGCUAUUAUUAUUAUUAUUAUAACAUUCUGUUUAAUAAACGUGUCUCCAAUAAACAUUUCCACCUCA